CAGAAGAAGUUUUGCUAAUCAUAUUCAAUUCCAAUGAUAAUACAUCCUUCUUUGAAGACAGAAAAUUGCUAGAAAAAAAGGAUAUUUUUCAAUGUGAACUUGUCUGCAGAAAUUGGAAAUUGCCUGCACAAAGAACCAACUACAAAUCCUUGACUGUGAGUAGCCGUGAUACCAAAAACUUAAUAAACGCCCUUUACUCUACCUUGAUCUCCAUUAGCAGCGCAUCGAAAUGGAAAGGGCUAAAAAACUUUGAAUUCCCAAACAAUGAUUCAGAUCUUGGAAUGUACGCAUCUUGUGUUCAAAACUACCAGAGAAGUUUAGAACGCCUUUUGGUUUGUGACAAGAUCCAGCUCAUCCAUGCAAACGAGGGUGGCAUUAACAACGAACUUUAUUUCAGUCUACUUAAAGAACUCGGACAAUUUUCAAAGCUCAAAGAGUUAGUUAUCAAACGACAUGCUAAUGACUGUUUAGAAUCAUUUGACAAGAUCAUCGAAAAGUGCCAAAACUUGAGAAAAUUGGAUAUUGGAAUCUACCCCGAAUUUGACAAUAGAAUAACAACCUCUGAAACAGACCUGUCUCGGAUUAAACCUCGGCCAGAUAUUAAAACACUUGACGGAUUGUUUGUGAUACAAGAUGAUAGCACCCUAAUAUACAUUAUGCAUAAAUUUCCCUGCCUGCAGGAAUUAAAUGACGGAUUGCAUAUGACAGUACCCAGAAUAACUGCCAAUAUUUUGACCAAAUUUAUAUCUUUCAUGACUCCAAUUUCUUCCUGUGCUAUAUCCAUUUGUAUCAAAAUACCUCUUGUUGUCGAUGCCCUUGAGGAAUAUACAAGAGUUAUGUCCAGCAAGCUAUUCGGGUUUUUAUCCAUUAGUUACUCGUACGAUAGUAUCAUAGAUCCACUGUUAGAGCAACAUGCAAAGCUGACCAUGCACCGUACAACAGGCUAUAAAAAAAAUCAAGACCACGAAUUCUUUAUCGACUAUAGUUCUAUUGCGGACACAUUGCCUCAUCUGAGUAUCAUAGAAAAAACUGGGAGCUCGCUGGCCGAACUUACAUAUCGUAUGAAUUUUGACCGUGUGUCCAAAGAAACUCAUAGAAAAGCUUACGAUAUGAUCUAUGGACAUUUUUUGGACCACAUAUUUAGUCACUGCUCCAGUCUAAGAAAGCUUAGGCUAAGCAGUACCAAAAUUCUGGAAUGUAACCCGAUCCUAUCCUUAAAUAAUUCAAUGUCACAUUUGAUUCUUUUAAACUGCUAUAUUGGUAAAAACGUGCUUUCUCAACUCUCAGACCGUAUUACUUCCUUGAAACAUAUGGUUAUUGUUCGCUGUAAAGUGGAAAACCCUCACAAUGGCGUCAACACUCGGUAUUAUCAUGUCGACAUGCUCAACACCACAUUUGACACCAUUCGAAUCAAGUCUGAACAUUCCAUAUAUCUCAUUGCUGUAAAGUUAAACCGAGGAAGUCAUGACGAAUACUACAAACUGAUCUUUGACCCUACAACACAUAAUUAUCAUACGGCUGUGAAAUCAACACGAUUUGCAUAUGAACUCAUGUCUGACUAUGAAAAAAAUAUGAAGGUGUCUGUUCGAUGUAAGGGCAUAAAGAAAAUCCAGCUCUUUAUGAAUGCUUGUGUUCAUGAGAGUGAAGUUGCUUUUGGUGAAAUAAUUCUAGAAUAAAUAGUGUC